CAAAGGCCAAGAGGCCAGUUUGUUCUCUCUUCCUCCAGCGACUAUGAAAUGGUCAGAGUCCGGAGAGCUGAGAGGUCAGAGAGGGAACGGCCAGCAGAAAGGACAUCUUCGCUCAGCCCUCCCCGGAGGCUGAACUGCCCCACUGCGGGGAUGAAGGCCUCCACGGCUGCCCUCUUCCUCCUCAUCCUCAUCCUCACCAUCACUUCUGUUUCUCCCGGCCGGGCAAAAAUGGUUGAGUCGAUAAACCUUCCACACACCUGCUGCGUGAAAUAUCAGGAGAAAGUAUUACCAAGGAAACGGGUGGCAGGGUACAGAAAGGCCCUCAACUGUCACCUGCCGGCAAUCAUCUUCGUCACCACAAAGAACCGAGAGGUCUGCACCAACCCCAACAACGGAUGGGUCCGGGACUACCUCCAGGACCCCAACCUGCAUUUGCCCCCGCAGGAACGUGUCCAGUUGAACCCAUUCGAUCACAGAAAGGCCUGGCCCAGCUGCUCCACUCCUCGUGACAACCAGGCCCCCGUGGGAGCCCAGGCUCAGGAGAGAAAGGUGGGACCCCAUGAGAAAUGA